GCGGCCGGGCCGGGUAACCGCCCCGCGGGCGCCAAGCGGGACAGCGCGCAAGUGAGGGGCCUUCGCUCGGACCCAGCGGCUCCGGUCCUCCGUGAUGCCGAGGCCAGACCCGUACGCCCGGCUUCUCUGAGCGGGUCUCGUCCCGGAGGGCACCGAGGGAGGCCAUGGCGGAGCCCUUGGAGCCCGGGAGGCAGGCAUCCGCGGGCGGCGGGAGCCUGGAGGAGGAGGACGACGAGGAGCGGGAGCCGCUGCUGCCGCGGAUCGCCUGGGCCGAGCCGCGGAAGAGCGCGCCGGGGAGUGCCGUGAGGCAGGUGAAGGCUGCCGGGGACGAGGGCGCGGCCUCCCGUGGCCAGGCCAGCGACGAGGAACUGCUGCUCCGGCCUGGGGAUGCGUCUCCCUCCCCUUCCCUGGGUUUGGGGCGCCUCCGGAGCUCGCCCACCGACCUGGAUCGGAACCGCCCCGUGGGUUCAGAGUUGAAUACAUUUUUGGAUGAUCCAGAAUUUGCUGAUAUUAUAUUGAAAGCAGAGCAAGCAAUAGAAUUUGGAGUUUUUCCAGAAAGAAUCUCUCAAGGUUCAAGUGGAAGUUACUUUGUGAAGGAUCCUAAGAGGAACAUCAUUGGUGUGUUUAAACCUAAAUCGGAAGAGCCUUAUGGUCAGCUGAAUCCGAAAUGGACCAAAUAUGUUCACAAGGUGUGCUGCCCUUGCUGCUUCGGCAGAGGCUGCCUGCUUCCUAAUCAGGGAUACCUUUCCGAAGCUGGCGCCUCCCUCGUGGAUGAAAAGCUUCACCUGGGCAUUGUACCAAAAACAAGGGUGGUUUGGCUUGUCAGUGAGACAUUUAACUACAGUGCAAUUGACCGUGCAAAAUCUAGAGGCAAAAAGUAUGCUUUAGAAAAAGUGCCAAAAGUCGGUAGAAAAUUUCAUCGGAUAGGACUUCCUCCUAAGAUUGGUUCCUUUCAGUUAUUUGUUCAAGAUUACAAGGAGGCUGAAUAUUGGCUUAGGAAAUUUGAAGCUGACCCUUUGCCCGAGAAUGUUAGAAAACAGUUUCAGUCUCAGUUUGAAAGAUUAGUUAUUUUGGAUUACAUCAUCAGGAACACAGACAGGGGAAAUGACAAUUGGUUAAUCAAAUAUGAAAAGCAGAAACAUGAAAAGGAAAUUAAGGAAACAAAAUGGACUGAUGAUAAAGAAUCGCUUAUUAAAAUAGCUGCAAUUGAUAAUGGUCUAGCAUUUCCUUUUAAACAUCCUGAUGAGUGGAGAGCAUAUCCAUUUCACUGGGCUUGGCUUCCUCAAGCAAAAGUUCCUUUUUCUGAAGAAAUAAGAAACUUGGUUCUACCAUAUAUUUCUGACAUGAACUUUGUGCAAGAUUUAUGUGAAGAUCUUUAUGAACUUUUUAAGAUUGACAAAAGAUUUGACAAAGCCACUUUUGAAAGGCAGAUGUCUGUGAUGAGGGGUCAGAUCUUAAAUCUUACUCAGGCACUGAGAGACGGGAAGAGCCCUGUCCAGCUGGUACAGAUGCCUUGUGUGAUUGUGGAACGCAGUCAAGGUGGAAGUCAAGGCCGGAUUGUGCACCUCAGCAACUCAUUCACCCAGACUGUCCACUGCAGGAAGCCGUUCUUUUCCUCCUGGUAGCAGAUGCACGAGUGAGAAAAACAAACUAUUUGGCAUUUUCAUGUUGUUAAAACAUGACAGUGGUGUGAUCUCUGUUAAGAGCUCCAGUUGCCAAAACCUCAUAUAAUACAUUUUAACAGUACUCAAAGUUUACAGUUUCUUUGUCCAAAUAUUAAAUUUCUAUUUCAGGGAAGAAGUGAUGUAUCUCUUACAUCAUAUUUUUGUAGAAAAAUUGUAUUUUAUGUUGUUGAUGUUAGUUGAAGAGGUGAUUUCAUAGUUUACACAUUCUGAAACGACUGUAAUUACUUUAGAAUCCCAAACCAAAAAAUGAGGUGUGUGUUGACUUUGAAUACAGUAACUUUUUAUGUACCUUUUAAACACUGAGAAGAAUGUUCAUGUUAACUCAUCUUACAUUAUAUAAGGCCUUUCAGGUUGAAACUGCUCUUAGAAACUUUAAUAGAGUAGUUAAUAGAAAAAUAGGUAAGAAUAAAGCAAUGUUGCCUUAAUUUUAAAAGCUGCUAUUUUAGAACUUGAAUAAAUGCUCUUAAAGUAACCAUUAUUAGGGACCAGAAAAUUACAUUUUGUUUAAGUUACAGAUGACCAUUUUCUCUUUUUUGUACUUCAAAGUAUUUUUGGUCAAUUAGUUUGUUAUAGUGAGGGAAAAAAUCUUAAGGUUAUCUCCCUUUCUAAAAAAAAAAAUGGAAACACUAAACAGACUUGAGGGGAAUAAUAUGAAAUUAAGAUAGAUCCCUAAUAUUUUGAAAUUCCAAAAUAUCGUUAAAAAUUCCCUUCUGUUUCUUGCAUGGAAUCAGUACCUCAUGCGGAGUCAGUUAGUACCUCAGAGUACUGACUGGUUCAACUUAGUAUUUCCGUUAGCGUUCAACUUCACUGAAAGGUAAACCGUAACUCAAACCGUAUAUUGGAUUGCAUUUUUGGAGUCCUAGGACAUAACCUCUUAAAAAUAAUAGUAGUAUUGUAGGGUACUUGAAAUUACUGAUGUUAUUAUAAUUACAGUCACCUUUUAGAGUAUCAGCCCCAAUCAAAGGGGAACAUGACAGAGCUAACUAUAAAAUCAUUUUAAUUUGAUUUUGAGUAUCAGUAUGUCUGACAUCCUGGGUAUCUGUAGCACUUUUAACUCAUCAAGUGAUUUAAGUUGAGAUGAGCCCAGUGUGAAGAUUUGAUCCCAAAGAAGCUUCAUUCUCUUCUCCGCUUCAAAGAAAUAACAUCACCCCAUGUACUAAACUGGGCAGUUUGGCCUUUUGUUUUUUAAGCAUUCUGUCCUGUAAUUUUUAAAGUUAUUUUUGUGUAGAAAGUAUUUCCUGAAGUUGAAAUUAGGAUGGAAGUCAGAUGUGCCGUCAUCUCUCCCCUCACGCCUUUCCCCUGGCCUUCGUGGAUGUGAUGCGUGAGAACACUGCCGUCCUGGUAGAUGUCCGCCAGAUGCCGUGCUCGCCUCCCUCCCUGACUCUCCGUGCUCUUAAUGUUGAGAUGAUGGAAAAUGGACUGGAAAUUCAAAACUCAAGCUACUAUCUUUAGAUGAAUACUAGUAAUUAAAACGUGCCUUUUGAGGGUGUAUUCUUAUUGAAAUAAGUUGUUAUGAUGUGGGUACUGCUUUCAUCAGUUUUUUUCAGUAUUUUGAGGAUUGCUAUAUUAAUUUUUAUAGUGGAAACUUAGUGAGUUGCUUCUGUUUUAUAUCCUAAAAUUAAAAUAGUGUGGAAAUAUUUUUAAAUGGCCUGACCAGGCCAAAAGGGUAAAGUUGAAAUAUUUAAGAUGUGAUUACAAGUCAGAGUACAUUGCUUAUAUUUUGUAAAUUUUCAUGAGCUUCAUUCUUAUUUAAAUAUUGUGUUAAUUUUUUCAGCGAGUAUAUUUAUAGUGUCAAACAUGGUAGACUAAAGGUAAUAAAAAUAACUGCCUUAAGAUUAGACUUCUCCUGAAGUAUGUCUAUGGAAUAUUUAGAAUGCUUGUGAACACAUUUAUGUUUAUAAAUGAUGCCAAACCACCAUUUUCUUACUUCAUGUAUUAGUAUAGUUUAAUUCUUGGUCAUUCCAAAAGACAUGGUUAACUGGAAUCUUUAUAAUUAGAGACAUUUUAAUUCUUAUUUAAAUAUAUGCUGCCUUAUUCUCCCCCAAAUUUGUCAACAGUUGACGACUCUGGAAACAUGUUUUUGCAGUUCUGAAAACAGUUUGAUUCAGGAAAAUUUUUUUUAAUUUGAAGUUUUGUACUAAAGGAAUUAAAACCUUAUUAAAAACAA